AUGGAAUGCUGGAGGGGCAGAGUUGCUCUCAUCACCGCAGCCUCGGUUGGUAUCGGGGCGGCCAUUGCUAACAGGGGUGGCUCUAGCCUUUUUGAAAAGGGUGGCAUUGUUGUGGUGGGCUGUGCCAGGGACGUGGAGAAAUUAAAGUCCAUGGCGGCUGAGUGUCUCGGUGCCGGCCACAGUGGGGUUCUGUUGCCCUUCAAGUGUGACCUGACCAGCGAGGAGGAGAUUACAUCUAUGUUCUCUGCUAUCGCAGCCCAGCAGAAGGCUGUGGAUGUGUGCAUCAACAAUGCAGACGUGGCUCAUCCCGAACCCCUGCUGAGUGGCAGGACUGGGGGCUGGAGGAACAUGCUCGAUCAUGGCCGGUCAUCGCAUGCUUAACAGCCCCGACAUGCACUUCUACAGCGCCACCAACUUUGCUGUGACGGCGCUGACGGAGGCUCUGAGGCGGGACCUGCAUGAGGCCAACUCCCACAUCCGCACCUCGUGGAUCUCCCCUGGUCU